AGGGGCUGGUCAUAACUUUUCCCUCGAGAGAAGUUGAUCUAUUUCUUCAGUCCAAAUUUCAUUUGACCCCCCGAAAUCUCUUUCCGAGCUGUUGCAAUGGAUUCGUAUGAUUUCAGGAAUCGGGCGUCUCCGAUGUACAGCAGGCCAGGGGCCGUCUCCGGCGGCGGCGCCUCCAUGUACCCGAGGGUGGGGCAGGCCGGUCAUGUGGGCCCGCCUCCUGCUCGCCAGGCUCCAUACCCUCAGCCUCACCCUGGGUCCGCUCCUCCAACGGGAUUGGGUAUUCGAGUUGUGAUAAAGCCAGAAUACAGGAUAACCCCGCCACCUCCACUGGCACCACAAACGGCAGAGGUUCCUCGGAGCACAUUCCAUUAUGACUUUGACUUUGAGAAGAAGAUAUUAGCUGAGGCAGAGAAAGGGACCCAGAACUGGAGUAGGAUUGCGGCAGAAACCCAGUCAACGAAAAUUGCACCUUCAACUUCUUCUACGGAACCUGUGGGUGAUCCAAUAGUGAACAAAUAUGUGGCCUCAGGGCUUCCACGAGAAGCUGUAUCACUGGCAGUCCACAACUACGGUGAUAAUCCAAUUAAGGUAAGGGAAUUUGUGAAAGGCUAUAAUCUUCUCCGAGAAAUGGGUUUCUCAUCAAAAAAUGUGGCUGAAGCACUGGCCAUGUAUGAUAAUGACACUGACAAGGCUCUGGCAUAUUUUCUAAACAGCUCACAGUGACUUUGUACACACUGUAUCUUUAGUUGAUUCUGUUAUUCCUUUGUAAUAUACAAGCAAGUUUGUUAUGUUUCAACACUUUUUGCGUGCAUAGUACAAUAGGACCAUCGUUUUUCUGGAGCUUUUUUCGUUGAACAAAUAGUUGAUCUCGAUACUUAAUACUUGUUAACGGAGGGGAAGAAUGGGUAAACAAAUGAUUGUUUAUUACUCAGUGUUGCCAUAAUUUGUAAAUUACUUUCUCCCUUCUCUGUGGUAAUUUGCAAGGUUAUUUGUGAGA